UCGUCAAUAAAAAGGGAAAAAAGGUAUAUAUGCUCCCCUCCCAUCACCCUCAAAGAUUGCCUUCCUCCUACCCGCCUUCUUGAUCUCUGGAAGCUCACCUCAAUCGUCGAAACUUCAAAUAGUAUCUUACAACUACUACUUUGCCCCCCCCCCCCCCAAACCGCUUCGUCUUCCUUCAUCUAUCUAUACAAACUUCGUCAGGUUUCCAGUUCUAUUGAAUGGUGAACUCUACUCCCGCUUCGUCCUCUUCCCCAACCACCUCUCCCAUCAACCAGCACUCUGGCCUCGUCACCGUCCAAGCCAGCGAGGAAGGUUGUAAUGACGACCCGCCGCCUAUACCGCAGCCUUCUGUCGGCAAUGGGCCCAAUCCGCCCUAUCACUUGCCGGCAGGAGGCAUUCCUAUCUCCCACAACGAUCCAGUCGACGUGACUGCACGGCCCCAGCAGCCGUUUGAAUCAACAACCACGCACCAGCUCGCUACCGGACACCACGUCAAGGUCUACGACUAUGGCGCGUCUCACGCGGGCUCUCCGACGGAGCAGCCCAAGGGUGGUUUCGUCUCGCAGCAACGGCAGCAGAUAAGCCCUUCGACGACCGUGACGUCCAUCAGAGACACCUCGACUUCGACCGCUCCCGUUUCCGCCAAUUCUUCGGUGACCGCAGUCGAGACGGAUGAGACCACCAUCGAUAUCGAGAUGAAGGGCUUCUACGACGGCAAGAAUCCGCACACCGCCGACGCCGGAGCUGUCGCUGCGGUUCUCGGCGUGGACAUGGCUAUGGGUCUCAAAACGUCCGUUGCUCAAGAGAAGCUUCUGGCCGAUGGACCCAACACCCUGACCACCGGAGAAGGCAUCACCUGGUGGGGUGUGCUCCUGAGACAGGUUUCCAACAGUUUGACUUUGGUUCUCCUCAUUGCCAUGGCAGCUUCGUUCGGUAUGCUCGACUAUGUCGAAGGCUCCGUCAUCGCCGCCGUCAUCUGUCUCAACAUCGUGAUCGGUUUCGUCCAGGACUACCGCGCUGAAAAAACCAUGCAAUCUCUGCACUCCCUGUCUGCCCCCAUCGCCACGGUCAUCCGGAACCAAGGCAAGAUCGAGAAGAUCAAGGCGGAAGAGCUGGUUGUCGGCGACAUCGUCAAGAUCACUGUUGGUGAUGUCGUGCCCGCCGAUCUUAGGGUCUUUGAGGCCAUGAACUUGGAGACGAAUGAGGCUUUGCUCACUGGAGAGAGUCUACCGAUUGCAAAGAACCCGGCGUUCCUUGUCACCGACGCCAACUGCCCUAUUGGCGAUCGCCACAAUAUGGUAUGGGCGUCGAGUACUGUCUCCAAGGGUCGUGCUCUCGGUGUUGUCGUCGCCACGGGUAUGCAGACUGAGGUAGGUAGCAUCGCCGAGUUGCUUAGAGGAAAGAAGGAGAGGCAGGGCGGGCCCUUCAAGAGAUUCCUGAGGAAGAUUAAGGAGUCGGGAAAGAACAUUCUUGGACUUGUUGGUACCCCCUUGCAGGUCAAGCUCAGCAAGUUCGCGCUGCUCCUGUUUGGUUUCGCUAUCCUGCUCGCCAUCAUCGUUUUCUCGGCAUCCAAGUGGAAAAUCUCCGAUGAAGUCUUGAUCUACGGUAUCUGUGUUGCGGUGGCCGUCAUCCCCGAGUCGCUGAUUGCCGUCCUCACCAUCACCAUGGCCGUCGGUACGAAGACCAUGGCCAAGGGCCACGUUAUCGUCCGCAAGAUGCAGGCGCUCGAGGCCGUCGGUGGUGUCACCAACAUCUGUUCCGACAAGACCGGUACCCUGACGCAGGGAAAGAUGGUUGCUCGCAAGGCGUUCAUUCCCGGUCUCGGAGAGUUGAAGGUGGAUGGUGUUGAAGGUCCUUUCGAUCCCACGAGUGGCCAGGUCUUCCUCGGAGAGAAGGCUGUCGAUGGUUCUCUUGUUGAGAAGCACCCGGAGUUGGAGCGUUUCCUUGAGGCCAUUGCUACCUGCAACCUGUCGACCGUUUCUCGUAACGAUGACACCAAUAUGUCCUCCGAGAAGAAGGUUGGACAGUGGACCGCCAACGGAGAGCCCACCGAGAUCUCGCUUCAGGUCCUCGCAAUGAGGUUUGGAAAGGGAAAGCAGGAUCUCCUGGCUUCCGGUGACUGGGACUUGAUUGCGGAGCAUCCUUUCGAUUCGACCGUCAAGAGGAUGAGCAUCGUCUACCACCACAAGGGCCGUGAUACUAUCGAGGCUUUCAUGAAGGGUGCCGGUGAGGUCAUUGUUCCUACGCUCGCCAUCCCCGAAGACCAGAAGGCCGAGAUCAUGGAUAUGAUUGAGCGGCUUGCCGGCGAAGGACUCCGUAUCCUCUGUGUCGCCCACAAGCGCAUCGACCGCUCCGACGCAGCCAACCGCAAUUCGGUCGAGAGCAACAUGAACUUCUUGGGAUUGGUUGGACUCUACGACCCCCCGAGACCGGAGACCAAGGACGCCGUCCGCCGCUGCAAGAUUGCCGGUGUUGAAGUCCACAUGCUCACCGGUGACCAUAUCCGUACCGCCACUGCGAUCGCCCACGAAGUUGGUAUCUUGGAGGCAGCCAUGCCCGCCGCUCUCGCCAGCACCAUGGUCAUGACUGCCACCGCCUUCGACGCUCUUUCCGACGCCGAGGUGGAUGCACUCCCUGCGCUCCCCAAGGUUAUCGCCAGAUGUUCUCCCACCACCAAGGUCCGCAUGGUCGAGGCGCUUCAUCGCCGUCGCGCCUUCUGUGUCAUGACCGGUGAUGGUGUCAACGACUCGCCAGCCCUCGCCAGAGCCGAUGUUGGUAUUGCCAUGGGACUCAGCGGCUCGGACGUUGCCAAGGACGCCGCCGAUCUGGUUCUCACGGACGACAACUUCGCAUCGAUCGUCCGCGCCGUCGAGGAGGGACGAAGACUGUUCGACAACAUCCAGAAGUUCAUCAUGCACUUGUUGAUCUCCAACAUCUCGCAAGUUGUCCUCCUCCUCAUCGGUCUCUCCUUCCAGGAUCAGAACAAAGUCUCCGUCUUCCCGCUUUCCCCGCUCGAGAUCCUAUGGGUCAACAUGAUCACGUCGUCGUUCCUAGCACUCGGCCUCGGCCUCGAGGAGGCCAGCCCCGACGUCAUGACGCGUCCACCGCACGACCUGCGCACCGGCGUCUUCACGUGGGAAGUCAUCAUCGACAAGAUGUUAUACGGGAUAACCAUGGGGGUCCUGUGUCUGGUGUCCUUCGUCAUCGUCAUCUUUGGCGCCAACGACGGCAACCUCGGCCGCGACUGCAACCAUGGCUACAACGAGACCUGCGACGCCGUGUUCCGCGCCCGCGCUACAGUCUUCUCCGUCCUCUCGUUCCUACUCCUACUCACCGCUUGGGAGGUGAAGCACUUCACCCGCUCGCUGUUUCGGCUUAACCCUGAGCGCCAUACCGGCCCGUUCGCGGUUUUCCAUGCGGUCUGGUAUAAUCGCUUCUUGUUCUGGGCGGUCGUUGCGGGCUUCUUUGUCACCUUCCCCGUGGUGUAUGUCCCUGUGUUUAACACUGUCGUGUUCAAGCACAUGGCUAUCAGCUGGGAGUGGGGCGUGGUCGUGGGGUGCUGUGUUGUCUACUUGAGUGUCGUCGAGGGCUGGAAGGCGAUUAAGCGCUGGAGGGGAUGGGGGAGCGCUGGGUAUAAGAAGCCCGUGAUCCAGGAGAUGGAGAAUGGGAGUAUGCUGGAGGUGAGGACGAAGUAGGGUGGCGGUGUUGGAGUUGGCGGCGUUGGGAGGGGUGGGGGUUUAUGAUUUUGGAUGGGUAUGGGUAUGAGAGAUGAUGAUGUGGUAUGAGAGAUGAUGGAUGGGAUGAUGGAUGGGAUGAUGGAUGAGGGAUGAGGGAUGGGAUGAGAAAUGCUGUUGACCAGAGUUACUUUCUUUAUUUGUACGUGUAUAUCGCCUGCUGCGUAUCUGCUAGCUAUGCGGAUUUGGGGAUAUGUGGAGAGUACAAUUUACUGGCUGGCCAUAGUA